CAAGGUGAAGAAUGCAAAGCUGUACCUCGCCUCUUUUGCAGCAGUCCUUGGUCCCCUGAGUUUUGGGUUUGUGUUAGGGUACAGCUCCCCUGCCAUUCCUGAACUAAGCACAAUCCCUGACCCAAGAUUACAACUAGACGAAGGACAGGCUUCCUGGUUUGGGGUAAGAUAACAUUCUUGUCAUGGGGCCCUGAUCCCCCCCCCCCCCCCCCUCAUUACCCCACCAGGAUGAGCUUUGGAUAAUUGUCAUGCUAUAACAAGGACCCAGAGUUUUUCCUGGUCAGGUCAGGGCCCUAAUCAUUCCUGAGUGGAUUAGUGGACAUUAGCCAUUUAAUUGACUCUGUUUUGUUUUCUGCUUUGCAGUCUAUCGUGACGAUAGGAGCUGCUAUAGGGGGUCUACUCGGCGGUUGGAUGGUGGACAAGAUCGGGAGGAAGCUGAGUCUUAUGUUCUGCUCCAUACCUUAUAUCUUUGGUUUUAUCAUCAUCAUUGCUGCUCAGCAUGUCUGGAUGCUGUAUCUUGGAAGGGUACUCACAGGACUGGCAAGUGGGGUUACGUCGCUAGUGGUCCCAGUAAGUAGUAUGGAAUGUCUACUCUGAUGCUAUCUGCUUAAAUUGACCAAGAUGCAUGACUGUAUGAAUGCCUGCUUGUAUGAAUGAAUGCAUUCUAAUUAGUUUAUUUCCUCAUAUAUUGCUAUUUUAUAUUGUACCUCUGUUUUAUCGCUUCUAGCAAUGUGUCAUGCUGCAUACUCUUCCUGUGUGAAUCGUUUUUCACUUUUCUCUUCCUCUGUGCUCUAGCUGUACAUCUCAGAGAUGGCCCAUGAGCGUGUCCGUGGGACACUGGGCUCCUGUGUUCAGCUCAUGGUGGUCACGGGAAUCAUGGGAGCAUAUAUAGCAGGUACGCCACAGUAUUUUUCCGUUUGUUAGCAGCAUUUGGAUUUUGAGAUUCAAACCGGUAAAAUCAUAUGAGAAAUACUUUAGGACAUUUGUAUACUGUAUCUGGUCAGCAGACAGGAUUUUACAAGCUCCUGACCAUGUCACUAAGGGUUUCUCAGUGUUGUACAACUUUAUGGCAGGGGUUACAACAGUAGUCAUACGGGUAGAGGUCAAUGUUUUAAUGAUGUGGUGUUUUGUUCAAGGUACAAACCACCAUCAAAGGCUAUUCAGCUGCAGAGUUUUUCCAAUCCCAAUCGGUAUUGGCAACCAAACCAUGAUAAUCAUUACACCCUACUAACUGAGAGCUUUCUCAGAUUUAUUCCGGCCUCACAAGCCACCGCUAUGCCUAAUCUAGUUACCAACAUACCAUGCGUGUUUCUCCAUUUACUUCUUUCCUCAAUAGACAGUACCAUUGCAAGAGAGGUUGGCUGUUUUGUCUCUAAUAUUUAGAGGCAAUGGUCUCUGGCUGAGGAAUGUUGUAAGGAAGAAACUUUUCAUUAUCCCAUUGCCUGUAUAUGCUCUUCUAAAUAUGCAUUUUAAUUUAAUGAACCGGGGUGAUGGAUUUGCCUCGUACGAACCAUCCUGAUCUCGUUCGUUUUAGGCUAGUGAUGGAUACUAAUAAUCAACAUUCUACAUUUUCAUUGUUCAUGUUCUGAAGUUACCUCAUUUUUUAAUAUGUUUUUUAUACAUAAAAUUACAUAAUAUCAACAACACAGCUGUGGAAUCUAGAACUUAAUUGUUGGUUUAUUUUCACACGGAAUUACUCUACUAGGGUCAUCACACUACUGCUGUCUCACAUUCCCUACUCUACUGUCUCUCUCUGCUUCCAGUGACUCGCUCCUGCAGGUUCAUGCUCUACAACAUCCGUAGGGUACGACACUACCUCACACAGGAAGCAGCGCAGGUCCUAAUCCAGGCACUUGUCAUCUCACAUCUGGACUACUGCAACUCUCUGUUGGCCGGGCUCCUCUCUUGUGCCAUCAAACCCCUGCAACUUAUCCAGAACGCUGCAGCCCGCCUGGUGUUCAACCUUCCCAAGUUCAUGUCACCCCACUCCUCCGCACACUCCACUGGCUUCCAGUCGAAGCUCGCAUCCACUACAAGACCAUGGAACUUGACUACGGCGCAGCAAGAGGAACUGCCCCUCCCUACCUUCAAGCUAUGCUCAAACUCCGUUCUGCCACCUCUGGUCUCUUGGCCCUCCCAUCCCUACGGGAGGGCAGCUCCCACUCAGCCCAAUCCAAGCUCUUCUCUGUCCUGGUACCCCAAUGGUGGAACCAGCUUCCCCCUGAAGCUAGGACAGCAGAGUCCCUGCCCAUCUUCCAAAAACAUCUGAAACCCUACCUCUUCAAAGAGUAACUUAAAUAAUCCCUGCAUCACCCUCCCUCCUCGCACCCCCUCCUCACCCCACCUUUUGUGAACUAACACUCGCACUUUACUCUUUUCCCCCUUACUAGCUCUGACUUUGCUGAUGGCUACUUUAUUGAGGAAAAUGUACUUACUAUGACUGAGAUGUGGUUGUCCCACCUACAUUUAGCUAUCUUAAGAUGAUUGCACUAACUGUAAGUCGCUCUGGAUAAGGGCGUCUGCUAAAUGACUUAAAUGUAAACGCUUCCCAGGGCUGUUUCUGGACUGGCGCUGGCUGGCGAUCUGCUGCUCCAUCCCCCCCACCCUGAUGAUGGUGUUCAUGUGUUUCAUGCCUGAGACACCCAGGUUCCUGCUGUCUCAGGGUAAACGGAGGGAAGCCGAGGAGGCACUGCGCUUUCUGAGGGGGCCAGACGCCCCUGCAGAGUGGGAGUGUGCCCGCAUCGAGGAUGCUUCUGACGACCAGGUGAGCUUUGUGUAUUCCCUUGUAAUCAUGCGGUAUAAGACUUGCUUUAAGAAAGGCAUUAUGCCAUUUCACAAUGUUUGAGACAAAGGUAUUGAUUGUAGAAUAAUACUCAGGUAGGGAGAGAGAGUAACACCUCUGUGUUGCACUUAACCAAAUCAGUAGGAACAUGAGGGACAAUCCUACAAUUUUAAUCGCGGGACCACUCUUUACUUGCACGGUUAUGUAUCUGAGUGAAUAUAUUCAGGUCAGCCCCACUACUGUAGGGAACCAGAGCAGAGAUAAACUUGGCAGAGCUGAGAAAGGGUUGUCCUCCACAUUGUGGAUUUAGUCUCAGGAGAAUCUGGAACAAAGAAGCAUGUUAACACAUCUGACCCAUGUUAAUUGGCAUAAGAGGAUGUGCUGACUGUGUGUGUUGUGUUAAACCAGGGAGGUAGGUUGGGGAUGGCUGAUCUUAAGGACCCUGGAGUAUACAAGCCCCUUGGAGUGGGCAUCAUGUUGAUGCUCUUCCAGCAGCUCACCGGCAUCAACGCCAUCAUGUUCUAUGCUGAGACUAUCUUUGAGGAGGCCCAUUUUAAGGUAAGAAUUGUUCAGUGUUAUUUUCUGUAUUUUGGCAGCUGGAAUGAGCAAUGCUUUAUUUAUUGUAAUUUUUAAUAGAUUAAUUGGUUUUGAUGUAUUUUCAUCUCAUCAUUACUCUUCAUAAGCUGUAAUAUGAUGUCUAAGUGCUAUAGAGACUAUGAAUAUUGACAUACCAGUGGGGUUAUAUGUAUUAAAAUGACAGGUGAUUAUUUGCUUUUCAGAACAGCGAUGUUGCUACGGUGGUAGUAGCAGCAACCCAGGUAGUAUUCACUGCAGUAGCAGCAUUGGUCAUGGACCGCGUUGGAAGGAAGCUUCUCCUCAUCCUCUCUGGUGCUUAUGUCUCACAAGCGUGUGUCUGUCUCUGUCUGCAUGUUAUCAGUUACUUAUCUUUCUUCCUCCACUGAUUUAUAAUGCAUCAAUAGUCCUUUGUGGAAAUCCCUCUCCAAAAUUGUUGGGCAGAAAUAAGGCGCUGUCAAGCUUGACAUCAAAUGACCAGACCCAUGACCAAAACUGGGCCUCAACUACCUGAAAAUCCAUGUUCAAUUGUGAAAAGAAAUGCCCAUUUAUCUCUCUCGCUUCCUUCCUCACUUUCUCUAUUAAGGAGUUUCUAUGUGUCUAAGCACUGCUGCUUUUGGUGUCUACUUCAAGAUGUCCAGUGAAACCCAUGGUAACUCCUCAGAACUCUGCCUUGUAGAGAGUCCCCUUGCCCAGAACCCUGCGGCUGAGCUGUCAUGGCUCGCACUGGCCAGCAUGGGCUUCUUCAUUACAGGUGAACUCCACACUUAGAUUGUGACUAUUGUUGCCCAGCGAACUAUCCUGGCUAGAUAAAAACAAAUUGAAGUGAAUUGUCUGCAUUGCCUAGUAAUGUUUUUGUUAGAGUAUAGUUGGUUUAGUCACCUAUAAAUUCUUCCAUGUGUUUUGAACUUACUAUUAACCGUAUAACCAUUUAUAUUUUAUGUUCAGAUCGGACAUUUUGCUUAGUGUGAUGUUUUCUCAUCGUCAUAACUUGUGGGCAAUUCAGGUUUUUCUCUUGGUUGGGGUCCCAUCCCCUGGCUGGUGAUGUCAGAGAUCUUUCCCACGCGAGUAAAGGGGUUUGCCAGCUCUGUUUGUGUCCUCACCAACUGGGGAUCUGCCUUCAUCAUCACCAAGACCUUCCAGGACCUGAUGGUGAGCUGGUGUUGAUUUGGGACAUCCUGUAUGGCAGAUGUGGGGGAUAAAGGGAUGUUGAGCGGGCAGAUAAAGAGUGCUUGGCAGGAAGCCAUUUUGCAGUUAUGGUUUUACAAAUGUCUAUGCGAACUUUAACAAUGUUUUAUUACAGAUAUACAAGUAUUGCCAUGUAUACAGAUAGACACUUAACGCGCCUAACAAAGGAAUUUACUCCGCAGUUCAUGUGUAGUGUCACAGUCAAUACAUUUUAGAGGAUCAGCUCAGAGGUCUAUAAGGUAAUACUGGUAACUGUAAGGAUGUAUUUGGGUAUUGUAAUAACGAUCCAUGAAAAUGUAUCUCAGGACCUCCUGACCAGUGCUGGAACCUUCUGGCUGUUCUCUGGGUGUUGUGCGCUCAACAUAGUCUUCACCAUCAUCUUCGUCCCAGAGACCAAAGGCAAGACUCUGGAGCAGAUCCAGGCACGUUUCAAACGGACUACAGAACAAUUACGCUACAGUAGACAAACUUAACGCCAACUAUAAAAAUCAACAAGGACAGAAGUACAGUUUGGAGGGUCUCAUGAUACUUUGUGAUCGAUAGUUCUCUGGAUGGUCCUUUAAGAUGGGAUAAUCUAUCGCGUUCUCUUACUUGAAAAAGUAUAAUGGUGGUGGCUGACUAUUAUGCUCUACUCUCAGACUUAGUAGGGGGUCCUGCAGUGAAUGCUGGUCCUCUUAAGCCCCCUUGAAUGGUACUUUUACCCAAAAAAAUCACUGGAGUAAUGAAAUUCACACAGAUUCAAAAAAUAUUUAUGCACCCAAGAUAUUUGUCAAUUUUACUUAUAGAUAAUAAUAAUAAAAACGAUUACACAAACAUAAUGAAACACACUUUAAAAAGUAUAUAUAUUAUAAUUUUUACAAUGCACAAACGUUUUUUACAUUAUUCAAAUGUGAGAACACAAAGGUUACGUGCACAGAUCUCAAGUAAGAAUUUGGCCCAUAAUGAUAAUUGAAUAGUUCAAUAAGAAUAUUUUAUUGUUGACUGAUUUAAUGUUUGGUUUAUACCAU